GUGCUUCGUGCUACUCUAUCAUCACCAUGACCAUAUGGACCACCAUCGCCAUCAUCUGUUGUACGACGAGGUAUCGGUAAUUAGUUCCUACACUACCUUACGAACACAAUACGGGCAUCUCAUUACAGUGACAAUAAAGAGCACUAUUUGUGCAAAAUAACACAUUAUCAGUUUCCCCUCCAGUUUCCGAUCCUCGUAACGGUCGAGGGCCCGAGAUUACUACAAGGAAAUUAGGGUCCGGGUUGCUCGUUAAUUACCCCUCCCCUGGCUUGUCGCCUACAACGUACGGUGGGAUUGGAAUCGGGGAAAAGCCCCGGUCUUUACCCGCGAAAUUACACCAUGGUCUCGGCACCACCAUCCCAUGCGGACCCUGUCGACCUUCUCACUCUCAAACUCCAGUCGCUCAACGUCAGAAGCCUGGAGAAGGAGAGUGAGAGGGAGAGGGAGAAGGAGAGGGAACGACCGCCCACCCGCAGACGUCACGCCUGGUCUUCCAUAGACACAGACUCUAGUUUCGAGCCUCUCGAAGUUAUCGAGGAGACUCACGAACCCGGGGAUUCGUAUCAGUCUAGUCAAGAGAACUGCAACUCUCCUGUGGACCAGGCCUCGGCCUUUGACGAGCAAGUCCUUCGCGCAACCGGGUAUCACAACAGCCGCCUAGCCAACGAUCCUCACAUCCGCGCCUCCAUCGCCAAGCACCAGACCGGUCGCUUCGACUACAUCCUCAACGUGCCAUACGACCGCCCCAAUUCCAGUCCAGGAGACGGGGGCAUCGCUCACUAUGGCUGUAACCUACUGGUAGAGAAGAAGCACCUGGGAAGAGGAGUUUACUGCGAGGGUCGUCUCACCAACGUCUAUACUCUGCUAGCGACAUACCUUGCCGACGAAAGCCAAGACCAAGACUCAUCGCGCAUCUCAACCUACGACCACAAUAUGGCGAUUGCAGAGCCCAUUGUUCGCGUCCUAUCCCCGCCUGCGGAGAACAACAUCGGCACGGGUGGCGAGGUAGUCGAUGUAAUGAUGACCAGUGGCACUUCCACCGCGACUUUGGUCGACUCCUCAUCGUCGUCUUCGUGGUCUGUGGUCGAGGGUCGACACGCCGGGGCUUGUUCAACCUCGACGGGUGAAAGCAGGGGACCUUCUUUGGACCAUUCUUCGGCACGUUCUACCUCGAUCAGCUCGUCUCCAGCGCGCAUCGAGGACUCGGUGGAGGCGCUGGAUAAGCUCGAGGAUGACCUCGAAGCUCUCGAUGCGGCCACCCGGCUUGGGCAGUUCAUCUCUCCUGAGGAGAAGAAGAGGAAGAAUACCGGGUCCCGGAUACAGGUAGAGUCGGACGAGAUGAGAGCUUCUCCAUCGUCCAAGAAUACACUGAGAAGUUCACCAUCGGUGGCGAAGGCAGCGACAGUUGGAGUGAAAGCCACGACGACGCGGCCGUCGCUGCAGAAGUCAGCCUCGGUGACUUUUAGCGACAGGGAAGACAAAGCGGAGCCUGCCACGACGACGGCACAGGGUCCGGCAGAACGUGCAGGCCAGAAGCCUACCGUGACUCGUCCAUCCAGCCUGUUGCCACCAAAGGUUCCGGCCAAGUCGGCGAAGCCCCCCACCAGACCGAGCUUUGAGCUGCCCGGGGAGGCCGUGGCUCGACGACUGAAGGAACAACGUGAGGCUCGGCGCUCACUCCAGAUAAGCUCCCACAGCGAUGCACCAGCGACCACUGUUCCGCCACGACAACGAGCCAAGUCGACCAAGGCACCAACGCGGCCCCAUUUCGAGCUGCCGGGCGAAGCGAUAUCGAGACGGAAACGGGAGCAGCGUGAGAAGGAACUCAAGGAGAAAGAGGAGUCGGAGAAGAAGCGGCGCGAGUUUCGAGCACAGCCAAUUCGGGCCGGUGCUGCGUCGGCUACAUACCCUCGCGAGACGGCAGCGAGCCGGGCUCGUCGGCUAAAGGCCACGUCGGAGGAGACGACGCCCCCGGCGACGACCACAUCGCCAUCCAAGGCCACGUCCACGUCUACGGCCAAAAGCACGACCAAUACGUCGAAGAGAGCCUCAAUGGUGGUACCUGGGUCGUCUCGACCUGCGCUGGCCAAGUCGGCUAGUACGUCCUCUCUGUCAGCCACGUCUUCGGUUUCCCGCGGCCGGGCGACGGCAAGGACGGCGGUGGGGGAGAUGCAAGGAUCGCGGACGAGUCGGGGCACUUCGGAAUCGACGGGCAGCACCAGCGGAAAACGGAGCACGGUGUCGGCAGAAGACGCGCAGAAACAGAGGCAACGGGGCAGGGAAAUUUACGAGCAAGACAAUUCGUAUGCGGAGCAGCGGGAGAGGGAGCGGCGGCAGCGCGAAGAGGCGGCCAAGAAGGCGCGAGAGGAAGCGGCGGAGCGGUCCAGGCAAGCCAGCCGCGAAUGGGCAGAGAAGCAGCGUCGAAAGCAGCAGAUGUCGUCGGCGUCGACGGCGUCAUUGUCGGAGCCUGCAUGGUGAUGGUGGUGAUUGACAGAGGGAGGCGUUCCUGGGAAAUGUUGUGUUACUAUGUCUUACUUCCGGGGGGUUUUGUAUUGCCUCUUUCCCUUCCCAGAGUCGCCACACAAAACAACAGGUACGUUUACGGAGUUGGCGUUGUUCAGUUAUUAGGCGAUCCAGCUCUGGAGGGAGUUUUGGGGAUCGGUGUUCGUUAGUUUAGUGUUCGUUAUUAUGUUGUGUGAGGCUGAGCAUUCGACAUUACCUUAUUAUAUUAUCAUUAGUAAGGUACCUUGUAUUAUGUAAGGUACCUUAGUUAAACUGGUCAAUAUUCCCCG